UUUUCUUUUUGUAAAAUAAAUAACAAUAUUUUUUAUUUAUUUAUAUAUAUAUAUAUAUGCUUGUAUAUGAGUAUUGAAUAAAAAUAAUUAAAAUUCAAAUGUAUAUAGGUAUGUAGGAAAUCAAAAAAAUUAACAUUUUUGUAAAAUUUAAAGUAAUUUUUUUUAAUCUAAUUAAUUAUACAUAGAAUUAAUUAUAGAAAAGACCAAAAGAAAAAUUUUAGUAAAAUAAAUUAAUUAAAAAAUUUUAUUAAGAGAAAAAUUAAAGAAUUCAAAAAAUAAACACGAAAAUUUCACACAAACACACACAAUACAUAUAUAAAAUACAAAAAUGCAUCACUCAUUGUAAAUAUAUAGAAUGUGUACAAGGAAUAUUUAUAUACAUGUACACUUAUUUUAUGCGUGAGUAUGUGUGUGCAGUAGUGAAAAAAAUAAUAAAAUUAAAAAAAGGAAAAACAAAAAUAAAUUUCUCUUGACUUAUUAUUAUUAAAAAUUAAAGAAUAUGUUCUCAAUGAAAAGAAAAGAAUAUUUAUUUUUUAUAUAAUAAAAUUAUACUGUUAUAAUUUACUGUUAUAAUAAUUAAUAAAUAGCACUGAAUAUAGCAAUGAAUAUUGAAAAAUUAAUUUGUAUUGUUAGUUAAAAAAAAAAAAAAUUAAUAAAAAAUUUCAAUAAAAUUGCAAUUAAAUGGAAAAAUAAAUGUAUACAUUUAUAAAUAUAUAUAUAUAUAUAUAUAUAUAUGUAUAUAUGUAUGUAUAUUAUUGAAAUUUAAAUGGAUGAUUUAAAAAAACCAAAAAAAAAAUAUUAUGAUGAUCAAAAUAACGAUAAUGAUAAACGAGGAACUACAACAACAUCAACAAGAACAACAACAACAUCCACAUCUACAAAUAUAACGACAACAAACAAUAAACAAUUACAAUAUAAUAUAAUUAAUAAAGAUUUAAUUGAUAAUAAAGAAGACUGUCAUCAACCUGCCAUUAUUAUUAUUAAUAAUAAUAGUAAUAAUAAUAACAUUAAUAAUAAUAACAGUAACAUAACUGUGAUAAUAAAUUCAAAUAAUCAAAAUUCUAUUAUAAAUUCUAAAAGACAAAUAAUAGAUGAUGAAAAAAUAAACGAUAAAAUAUUAUUAUCAUCACCAUCAUUAUUAGAAACAAAAUUAUCAACUGCAACACAAUUUUUAUUGAAAAAUAAUACUGAAAUUCCAUUUAAUAAUACAACUAAAAUACCGACAAUAACGACGACGACAACAUCAAUAACAACAGAUUCAACAACAUUGUCAUCACCAUUAAUGUUAUUGAAUUCAAAAUUGAAUCCAAAAUCUAUAAAAACAACAACGGGAACAGGAGAAAUAAUAUUAUCAUCAUCAUCAUUAAAAAUGCCACCAGUUAAAGAAAAAAAAGAACCAAAAAAACGUGAACGUUGGUUAUUAACACGUAAAACAUGGAAAUAUAUGACUGAUGCUGGUCGUAAAUUAAUACCAGAUAAUUUAAGUCAAAAUAAUAAUCCACAAAAUAUAAAAGAUGAUUUACAAAAAAUUGAAAAAAAUUUUCAAAAUAUAUGUUCAAAUGAAAAAAGAUUUAUAAUAUGGAAACGUAAAUCAUCAUAUCCAGGUGCAAUUGGUGUUACACAUCAUCAUCAUUAUCAACAGCAGCAGCAACGUAAUUCAUCAUCAUUAUCGUUAAAACCACGUUUUAAAAAAUUACUAUCAUAUUCAAAUAAAUCAAUUAAUAAUAAUAACAUAUAUGAUGAUAAUGAUGAUUUAUUAUCAAUUAUUAAUUCAAAUGAUUAUAUUGAAGCAAAUAAAAAUAUUGAUAAAAUUAUAACAAUAUUACAAAAUUUAUUAAAUUUAAAUGAUCAAAAUAAAAAUAUAACAACAUUAUUAAAUUCAAAAACAAUAAGACCAGAUCAAAAACAAUCACCAUCAUCUCAACGUCCAUUAAUUGCAUAUAACAGUAAUAAUAACAAUAAUAAUAAUAAUAAUAAUAAUAAUAAUAAUAAUAAUAAUAAUGAUAGUAAUAGUAAUAAUAAUAAUUAUAAUAAAAAUAAUAAAAAUGAUAUUAAUUUAAAUAAUUUAGCUAAUAAUUAUAAUAAUAGUAAUACAAUGUCAUCAUUACCAUCAUCAUCACAAUUACCAUCAACAUCAUCAUCAUCAUCUUUAUUAACAAAAUCAUGUACAAAUAAUAAUAGUAAUAAUAACAAUAAUAAUGAGAAUGAUAUGAAAUUACAAGAACAAUUAUUACAUGAUUUAUUACCUUUAACAUCAUCAUCAUCAUUAUCAUCAUUAACUUCAUCACAAACAUAUUAUAAAACAUCAUCAUAUAAUAAUAAUAAUUAUAAUAGUAAUAAUAAUAAUGAUAAUACUACAAAAUCAUUAUCAACAUCAUUUUCAAAUGUUUUAAACUUUAAACGUAAUACAAAUAUUAAUAAUAAUCAAAAUAGUAAUAUAAAUAAUAUUAAUGAAAAUAUUAAUUUAAAACCAAUAACAACACAACAAUCUACCCAAUAUAAUACAAAUUUUCCAAAUAUACAAUUACGUAAUGUAUCAACAGCAUCGAAAACAGUAACAACAUGUGGUUCAAUAACAACAACACCAAAAACAUUAUUAUCGUCAUCAUCAUCAUCAUCAAAUGGUAGGCCAUUGACAACUACAAUUACAAAUGAUAACGAUUAUAAAACUAUAUUAAAUAAUUUUUCAACAAUACGAACAACAACAACACCAGCAACAACAACACCAACAACAACAACUAGAACAAGUACUGGUGCAAUAUCAAAAAUACAUGGCAUUAAUAAAAAAGCAUCAACAUCAAAUAAAAUACAGAGCAGCACACUUGGCAUACAAACGGAUUUUAUACAUUUACAUGAAUUACAACGUUUGGCCAAAGAUUUAGAAUUAAAAAGAAAAGAAGAAGAAAGAGAACGAGCUCUAUUAAGUCCAACUGAUGAUGAAAGUGAUAAAUCAAGUAGUAAUACAGCAACAACAACAACACAUCGUUCAAGAAGAAAAAGUAGUCUUGAUAAUGAAGAUAUAUCACAAUCAGUUAGUGAUACAAUAAAACGUUAUUUAAGAAUGGCUAGAAAAAAAUCCGUACAUGAUAAUAAUGCUAAUCGUUUUAAACGUGUUAAUUAUGAUCGUAAUUUACGUAAUAUUAAAGCAAAAGGUGAAAUAAUACCACCCGGUAUGGAUGAUGGUAAUACAAAACAAACACAAACAUUAGAUGAAUGGCCAAUUAUUGCAUUAGAAUAUAUACGUGGCAUUGAGAAUUCAAAAUUAUUAAUGGAUGCACAUAUUGAAUGGGAAAAAACAUUAAAUAAACGUAUACAACAAAAAGAUGAAUAUGAAAAAAAAAAUCAAAUAAAAAAUCAGCAACAAGAUGUAUCCAACAAUAAAAUUGGAAAUAUUGGAAAUGAUAUUAAUAAUAGUAACAAUGGAAUAAUAAUUGAUGAAACAUUAUCAGCAGAAGCGAAUGGAGGAGGAGUAGGAAGGUUAGAUCAAGAACUUAGUAAUAGAAUAAUAACAACAACUGGUCAUACACAUUCAUCUGGUACUUCAUCUGGAAUUUUACAUACAGGACAACAAUUUUUAUCAAAUUUAUGGCAUGGCCAUAGUAAUAGUGGUAGUGGAGGUACUACUGGUGACAUUAGUAAUUAUCAACAACCAUCACCAUCAAGUAGUACUAUAUCGAUAAGUUCCGCUCCAGCUGUUACAUCAGCUAUUUCAACAGUAGCAGCAACUAGAACUGAUCUCAAUUCACCAAAAUACCAUUCCAAAGAUCAGCUAACAAUGCAAAAAUCAAAAUCAUCAUCAAAUGUUGGCCAAUUUGUCUCAACAAAAAUAUGGAAAUCACGUUCAAAAAGUCAAACACGUACAACAUCAUUAAGUAAUAUAGCAAAACCAACAUGGACGCCGCAAGGUAAUGGUGUAUGGGCGUCAUCUAGUGGUAAAUGUUUAACAUUAACUGAUACAAAAUUAGAUGAUUUAUUUGAGAUUGAACGUAAAGUUUUACAUAAAGUUGCAAUAGAAAAAAUUAAUCAAUUAAAUAUUGGUGUUACUGUAACAGCACCACCAGAUAAUACAACUGCUCCUCCGGUAAAAAGCAAAAGGCGGCCAUUGCUUAUGAAAAGGAAAGCUAUAACGACAAGUUUUUUUGAUAGUGGGAAAAAUAAACAAGAUUCAAAAACAGUGAACACAAAUUCUACGGGAGUUUUUGGUAUUUCAUUGGAAAAAUGUGUUGAAAAAGAUCAAAAAUUAAGAAAAGAUUCUGGUAGUUUAUUAAGCGAAGGCACUAGUAGUAGUAUUUCACAUAAAUCUGAUCGAGGUUCAAGAAAUUCAAUUGCAUCUUUAUUAGGUACAACCCAUAACUCAUCAACUCACAUAAAUGGAAAAAUGGCUGGAUCUUGUGAAAAUUUAUCAAUGAAAGGAUCAAAAAAUAUAACUACAGGUUCAUCAGCAUCAUCAUCAUCAGCAGCAGCAACAGCCGCAGCAAUUAUUGGUAAUAAUUUAAUAAAAACUGCAACAUCAAAAAUAUCUCGUAGUCAAUCAGAUGUUAGACGAACUAGUCAAGGUGACGAUGAAUUAGAUAGUGGUACUAGUGAAAGUGGUAUCGGAAAUAAUUUAUUAAGAACAAAUCAACCUUGUAUUACAAAAUGUAAUACAUAUAAAGUUCCAGCUUUAGUUACUGCAUGUUUUAAGCAUUUAGAAGAGCAUGGAUUACAUAUAAUAGGAAUAUUUCGUGUUAGUACAUCGAAAAAACGUGUUCGGCAGUUAAGAGAAGAAUUUGAUCAAGGUGAAAUUAGCUCACUAGAUCCAGAAACAUGCCCACAUGAUGUUGCAACAAUAUUAAAGGAAUAUUUUAGAGAUUUGCCAGAACCAUUGCUAUGUCGAAGUUUAUACAAAGCGUUUGUUAAAACACAAAAAAUUCGCAAUCGACGUUUACAAUUAGAAGCAUUGUCUCAUUUAGUACAACUUUUACCAGUUGCACAUCGUGACACCUUGUAUUUUUUAUUAAAAUUUUUAGCAAAAGUAGUAAGAUGUUCCGAUGAUGUUACAUCAAUUGACGGCACAGUAUUAUCACAAGGUAAUAAAAUGGACAGUAGUAAUUUAGCAACUGUUUUUGCACCAAAUAUUUUGAGAUCAACAUCAAAUUUUGAUACAAAUACAACAACUGAACAAGAUUUAGAUGAACAAAUCGAUGUAAUAAAUGUGAUAAGAACAAUGAUUGAUCAUUAUGAAGAACUAUUUAGGGUUCCUUCUGAAUUAAUGGAUGAAAUUUAUACAUAUAUGUUGGAUGCAUUUCCUCAGCAACUUGAUUAUUUAUUUGAGAGGCGAGGUUUCCGUCUGAGUGAUGAAUUGGAUAGUGCAAGUUCCAGUACACCAAUUAGUUCACCUCCUCCUGUAAUGGGACUGAAUUCAGAUCAACAAAAUCAAAUAUUUCGUGACUUUAUACCGAAUAGUACAUCAAAAACAUCAUCAGUAAGCCAAAUGUCAUCAUCAGUCCCAAAGCGUGUGUAUUCACGUGAGGAUGUUAUGCAUGAAAGAGCUGCAACAGCGAAUGAUCCACAUAGCAUGGGAAUUGAAAUAGAAAACGGAUUGAAAAGACGAGAAAGAACAUCAAGAAUGAAAUACGUUGAGAAUGAAAGUGAAUUACAACGACGACGUCGUUUAAGAUCAACAAAUAAUAAUUCAAAUAUGACUACAUUACGUAAUUCAAAUAUUGAUGAUAAUGCAGUGGAUGGAUUUUCAACAUCAGAAAUGAAUAAAAGUUCAUACGGUUCUCAACAAAAUCAGCAAAUGCAGCAGCAACAACAAUAUCCACAUCAACAACAUCAGCAACAAAUAUCAUUUAAUUUAACACAAAAGAAACAUUUACCUACAGGUGGACAGCAAAUUGAUUCUAGAACAAGAAAAUUAUCAUCACCUUUUAUACUACAAAGUACGGGAGUUGUUACAGCAAGUCUUAAAAUACCAUUACAAAUGCAACAACAGGGUACAUUUCAAGAUACACUUGGUUCGAAUAGUGGCGGUGGUAGUUCAUCUGUAUGUAGUCCAUCAAGUGAUACUGAAAAUGAUAGAUAUGCAACAUAUAUCGAUUUCUCUGAUAUACCAUAUAUUGAAGAUGUUACAAAUUAUAGCCACGAUAACGAUUUUUGGCCAGGAGAGCAACAAUCAGAAACAACGGUAACUGGCUCAUUAUCAUUCAGUAAUAAUCCAAAAACACCAACAAAUAUAACACGGAAAUCAUCUUGUGAUUCAUUAUUAAAUGUAUACAAAUUUCCCGAUCCUUUUAUGAUAGAAAGUGGUGAUAAUAGCAAUUAUAAAGGUUUAACAUCAAGUGGUGAUGGUGUUGGUACAUCAACAAAUAUUGAUGCAAGUAUUCCUAAUGUACAGCAACAACUGCAACAAAAUUUAAAUAAAUCAGCAAUAAAAUUAAAUCAAGAUAAAUUAAAUUCCGAAUUACAUCAAUUGCAACAGCAACAACAAGAACAACAACAAGGAAUUAAUUUAAAAUCAAAUUUAGAACCGAAAAUAACACCAAGUAUUACAAAUAUUGGUGGUGCGGUAUUACGUUCAAAAACAGCUGAUUUCGAAAGAAUUUUAACACAAAGUCAAAAAGUAAAUGAUAACAGCAAUAAUAAAAAUAGUAAACGAAAUGAACAAUAUGAUAAUAUUCAAAUAGGAUCAUCAAAUUUAUUAGCAUCAUCAUCUUCUUCAUCAUCAAUUGGAAGAGGUGGAGGAGGAGGAGUAGCAGUAAGUGGAAUAACAGAAAUUGGAAAAGAAUCAGCUGAAAUAGGAAAUUUACAAUCAUCAACAAAAUCUGGUAGUUCUAUAAAUCAAUCAACUGGGAAACGAUUAUCACCAUUAAAUUCGAAUAAUCAACAAUCGUCACAACAACAACAAAAUCGUAAAUCAUCAUCACCAUCGGCACAAGGACUAAUUUAUAAGAGGCAAGAAUUAAUCUCAAGCGCAAAAAGGACUAACCAAACAAAACACUAACAUUUAUUAUAUUAUAUAUUAUACUUUUUCAACAUUGCCGAAACAUUUACAUAUACAUACAUAUUUGUAUAUAAAUAUUUGUUAUUGAUCUGAAAAGAAAAAAGAAAAGCCGAAUCUUAUUUUGUAUAAAUUGAAAAUAAAAAAAUAAAAAAAAGAGAUAAAUGUAUUUAUAAAUAUAUGUAAUUAUAAUAAUUAUAUAUAUAUAUAUACAUAUAUAUAUAGUAUAAUAUACA